AAGAGCCAAGAUCUCUUUCAUUUUCGAUGGUCGUUUUCUCAUUUAUUAGAACAACAAUCAUAGAGAUAUAAACAUGACUGCUGGUCUGAAGAACGUUAUUGUAAUUGGCGGCUCGUAUGUUGGGCUUGCUGCUGUGAAAGAACUGGCUACGCUGCUACCAGUUACUCACCGUGUCCUGUUAAUAGAGCCUCACAGCCAUUUCCACCAUCUCUUCGCCUUCCCUCGGUUCGCCAUAGUGCCAGACCACGAACACAAAGCCUUCAUUCCCUACACCGGCUUCUUCUCCUCCCUCCCCAACGCCUCCAACCACACUAUAGUCCGCGCCCGCGCAGUAUCUCUUCAAAAGAACCAGCUCACUAUCGACCGACCAUGGCAGGGCUCCACAGAAAUCCCCUUUGAGUACGCUGUCGUCACGACGGGAACACGACUCCAAGCGCCUAGUAACAUGCAGCAUGAUGAAAAGAAGCCUUCUGUUGAUUACUUCAAGGCGUAUCAGCAGGGCAUCAAGAAUGCAAAGUCUAUUGUGAUUGUUGGUGGUGGCGCUGUUGGGAUUCAGAUGGCGACGGAUUUGGGAGAGGUUUAUCCGGAGAAGAAGGUGACGUUGGUUCAUUCGAGGGAUAGGCUUAUGCAGCUUUAUCAUGAAAAGAUGGAUGCUAUUCUGAGGGAUAGAUUACAAGAGCUUGGUGUUGAUGUCAUAACCGGCACGCGAGCUGUGAUCCCAUCAAAGGGCUUCCCAACAGACGGAUCGACAUUCGAACUAGAACUCAAAGACGGAAGGAAGAUACAAACAGAUCUCGUCAUUCCAGCAACAGGCCAAACACCAAACAACCAGUUCCUGAAGGAUCUUCAGCCCACGUCUGGAUACGAGAUCAUCAACCCCGCCAACGGCUUCAUUAGAGUCGCACCGACACUCCAAUUCGCCGACCCCGAGUACACGAACCUGUACGCAUGCGGUGACAUCGCCGACAGCGGUGCUCACAAAGCCGCCAGACCGGGAGCUGGACAAGCGCAAGUUGUAGCGCAGAACAUCGCUGCUAUGGUAAACGGUGGACGGCCCGAGCAGAAAGUCACAGUUGAUCCUCCCGCCAUUCACCUAUCUCUUGGAUUGAAAAAGAACAUUGUGUUCAGAAACCCUGGCAAGGGUCAGACUGAACCUACCAUCAUCUGGAGAGACGAUGGGUCGAGGGAUAUGAAUAUCGAAGGAGUCUGGGAGAGAAGGGGACAGAGAGUGCAGCGACCGGAUGACUAUCAUCUUUGAGUUAGCUGCUGUUAACAGUAUAGCUCAAUGUUUUAGAAGUUAGAAUUUGGCUGAUUAUGCAAGAGACCUUCAAAGCCAC